GUUCAAUAUAAUACUCCUCGGUGAAGAGCCAAUACAACCUCAAUUGGGAUGUUUCUGCGGUCAAUUACCAGGAGAUGUGCUGUGGCAACUCGGUGUAUCCGUUCAUCGAGGUUACUUUCGCACAAGCCUGUGACUGCGAACGCCCUGAAGAGAGAAUCAGAUGAGAACAAGGAAUUAAUACUCAGUAUCCUCAACUUGACGACGACGAGAAGAGAGACGAGAUUUUACCUGAACAAGUACUCGACUUUCAACUGUCGUAAUGGUCCAAAUGAAGUGGACACGAUAAAGAGAGUGUCGGUGAUCAAAUUGAGAGGCAACCUGUUUGAAUACGAUAGGAAACAGCUGUCAAACUUCACCAAUACUUUGAACUAUAUGAAGAAGCUGGGAUGUUAUCCAAUGGUGUUGAUCGACUGCGACUACUUGUCGAGAGAGUUGGACUUCAACAAGGUCGAUAACUACAUGUUCACCCAGUUCAACUACUUGAACUCGUGCUUCAAGCCUUUGAAGCUUACUCCGCUGAGAUGUCUCAUGACCAUAGGCCCUGAUGACAAGAUAAAGCUGGAAUCGUCUAAGCCAAUACACGAGUGCGUGGAGAAUGAUACCAUCCCUGUGAUGUUUCCCUACGGAUAUGAAUCUGGCAGGGCUCAGCAGUGGAUUAUCGGCUCUCAGGACUUUUUGAGCAAUCUUGUACCACAACUUCACAAGCCCAAUGAAAUCACCGUGGAGAAGCUGAUCUUCAUAGAUAAGCUAGGUGGCAUUCCAAGUAUAGAACGCUCAAAUAACAGCCAUGUCUUUAUCAACUUGGAGCAAGAGUUUGAUCGGAUCCAAUCAGAGCUACAAAUAGGACACCUUUCGCUGUACGAACGUGGCAUUCAUCGCUCCAACAUCGUUUCCAUGCACGAGAUCAUGUCAAGUAUCCCAUACAAGGACCUGACAGGGAUAAUCACAACUUUGGAGGUUGCCAAUGAAACCGUGGAAAUGAAUCCAGUCAUAUAUAACAUCCUAACUGACAGAUCUAUCGUUUCGUCGUCGUUGCCAACUACAAAGUACCAAAACAAGCAAUCUCUUUCGAGCAAAGUGGCUAGAACAAGCAUCAUUAAGAAGGGCCUGAACGUGGAACAGCACACGUCCUUUGACUCGAUAGACAUGGUGAAGUUCAAGGCUUUGAUUGACGACUCUUUCAAGAGAAGCUUGGACUUGGAUCACUACCUGGCGAGAAUUGUGCCCAUCUUGAACCAAAUCAUCAUUGUUGGUGAUUACGACGGCAUAGCCAUCAUAACCAAUGAAAUGGCACCUUCCGGUAAAACUAUUCCCUACCUGGAUAAGUUCGCCAUCUCGAGACAUGCCCAAGGCUCGCUGGGAGGUGCUGACAUGAUAUUUAACAUCCUACUACACGAUUACAAGGACAAGCUGUUGUGGAGAUCAAAGAAGAUCAACCCUGUGAAUGGUUGGUACUUUCAAAGAUCCAAGGGUUCAUUCGACUUGAAGAACAGUGAAUUCAGGGUAUUCUGGACUAAUCCAAAGACCACGUUGGACGAUAUAAGGGACUAUAUCGAUAUUGGCAUGAGAAUCCAACCUUCAUGGGAAAAGUGAGGAACGAUACGGGCUCACUACAAGCACAUACUAUAUAUAUAUUUAUUACUAUAUCAUCUAUGAGAAGGCAGUUACGAUACACACAGAACACCAUUAUGCAUGAUCAAUCGGUGCCAUCUAUACGCUCACCAAUGUAUUGAGAUGUCGUAUCGUCGACGAUGUAGCCCGCAAUGACAUCGCCUCUGAACUGCAAGCGUUCACCGUUAUCUAGUGCCAUCGAUAAGAGGUUGAAUUGAGAAGCAUCGCCUUUAACAGUGAAGUGUUGAAGAUAGCCCUUUUCCACAUUAAACGUCACCUCAAAAUCAGGGUGUCGUAUGUCGUAUUCGAAUUUUGGUGAAUUGCCGUAU